AUGUGUAAUGGCAACACUAGUGUAGUCCAGAGGAGAAAAGUAAAAUCAGCAUAAAUCCAGAAAAUUUUCUUUAUUUUUCCAAUUACAACAAAAUUACCUCAUUGCUAAAUACUAAACGUUAAACUGAAAAACUUAAAAAAUUCUAAAUAACCGUGUAAAAAUGACUGGCUCGUUUAGUGUUAAAAUAAAAUCGAAGAACGGCCAAUUCAUUGUGAAGGACUUGACUGCUAAAACAACGAUUGGCGAACUGAAAGCAAAAGUUUCACAAUUAACUGAAGUGAAGGAACCACAAUUGCACAUACUCGCUGGUUUUCCGCCUCGUCCAUUAGAUUUAUCGCAAAAUGCACAUUUUAUAUCGACGAUAGGAGUUAGCAGUGGUGAAACAUUAAUUGUCGAAGAAAAACCAGCAAAUACAGCAGCUUAUUGCUUAGAAGAUGAUGAAGCUCUUGCACGCAGAUUGCAAGCCGAAGAAGAGGAAGAGCAACUACGUCAAGUAGUUGCUGAAGCUACAAGGACAGAAGGUGCCAAUGGCCCACAAGCACCCGUUGAACUACCAAGUGGCUCCAGCGGAAAUUUUAAUGGAAUUUUACUCAAAAAGGUUGUACCGGCAGAUAAUUCUUGCCUUUUUACGAGCAUACGUUUUGUGUUAAAUGGCAAAAUCGACAAUGAAGGCAGUGAAAUGAUGCGACAUAUUAUUGCUCAAGUUGUAUCUGCUGACCCACAAGAAUUUAAUGACGCUGUUUUGGGCAAGUCAAAUUCUGAAUAUUGCACAUGGAUACAAAAACCUGAUUCGUGGGGAGGUGCAAUUGAAGUUUCAAUACUCUCCAACUAUUAUGGCAUAGAGAUCGAUGUUGUAGAUAUACAAAAUGCUAUCAUUAAUCGUUUCGGUGAGGAUAAAAAUUAUGGACUACGAGUCUUUCUACUUUUCGACGGUAUACAUUACGAUCCUCUAUACAUGGAAACAGUAGGUGGCGGUGCUCCUGCAACAAUAUUUCCAAUCGAAGAAUUGGGUGUAUAUCAUCAAGCGGAGCAGUUAGCUAACGAAGCAAAAUCAUCACGACAAUUUACCAAUGUCGAUAAAUUUUCUCUGCGUUGCUGGCAGUGCGAUGCUAUGCUGGUUGGUCAAGUGCAGGCACAGCAACAUGCUAAGUCGACCGGUCAUACUGAUUUUGGGGAAAUUUAAUACGCCGUAAUAUUUAGUUCGCUCUAUUUCUUCGCUUUCUUCGUAUUCGCCUAUUACGUACUCACAUCCUAAGACUUGCGAUUCACAGAUUGAAUAAAAUUAUGUAAGAACGACCAGAGACAAACGAAGGGUCGUCCGAUUUUCUUAUCAUUUUCACAAAAUUGUCAUCAUAGCUGCGUUAGAACUUCUCAUCUCAUGACAUUACUUUUUUUUUUAAAUAAAAUUGUUAAUUUCUGGAUAUUUAUUAACCCAGUUUAAAUCUGCAAAAAAACAAUAA